AUGGAGUCUGACUUGGGAUACGAGGUUCACAAUGUUGAAGAUCAGGGGAAGAACGGAAAAGACGACGGCACGGUGGAGGUAGACCCAAUUUCUUUGUUGGAAAAGCUGCCACCGGGUUUCCGAUUUAACCCGACGAAAGAAGAGUUAAUUAUGUUCUAUUUACCGAAGAAAUGUUUGGGCCAAAACAUGGGUCCGAAAUGCAUAAAUGACGUAAACAUUUAUGAUCACUCGCCUUGGGAAUUACCAUCAUUGUCAUACCUACAUUCUAAAGACCGUAUUUGGUAUUUCUUUUGCCCGAGAGUAAUGCAAGAUAAUGGUAAGACCCCUAGGAAGACUCUAAAAAACGGGUAUUGGAAAGAAACGGGCAGGGUAACCACACUUACUCAUAAGCAAUAUCAUGUUGGUGAUCUUAAAACGUUCAUCUACCACAUAGGGGUGGCACCAAAAGGAGAACGUACUAAUUGGGUUAUGAAAGAAUUCAACUUAACCGAAUACAUGAUACAAGAAAUGUGUGUGGUAGAUAACUCAUACGUGCUUUGCAAAGUGUAUGAAAAAAGUGGUCCGGGGCCAAAAAAUGGAGCAGAAUACGGGGCUCCAUAUGACAAGAGUGAAUGGGACAACAAGUUUGAUAACCAAAACACACACAACUGUCCUAGUGUGUAUGUUAACCAAGUACAAGGAAGUGAUCCUAGCAACUCGAAUUGUGGUCAGAACAUCAAUGCUAGUGAAACCAAUGCAACAAACUUUGCAGGCAUCGACCCUCACUAG